UAGCUGCCUUCAGUUUAUGCAGAAAACAGUUGCGAUUAAUUCGCGGCUGUGCGCGUUUCACGAUCAUUUCUAAAGUACCAUAUUAACUUUCCUCUCCUGUUAUUGUACUUGCUGGCUUCGUUGCUUGGGUUUAGUGGUUUAUUAUUACUGCUGGGACAUGGAUGGAAUUCGGUCAUCACCGGUGCGACUGAAAAACAUCGGAAAGAAGCGGCCCGACUCUCUUAAGAUUGAUCUGUUGAAAGUACCCACAACAGAGAACGGCACUUCGGACAAAUGUGCUACUCCGACCGAGUCAUACAGCAGUGAAGGUUCCGUUAACGUUACUUUUCGGAAUAUUUCCUAUAGUGUGAGCGAAGGUUUUUUUAAAAAAGAAAAAAAGCACCUUUUGAAUAACAUAAAUGGCGACUUUCACAGCGCCGAGCUUACAGCAAUUAUGGGCCCAUCCGGAGCAGGAAAAUCGACUCUUAUGGAUAUUUUAGCUGGAUAUAUCACACAUGGUGUUACCGGCCAGAUCAACAUCAAUGACAAAGUGCGAGAUCUGUCGGCGUUUAGGAAACAGGCCUGCUACAUCAUGCAGGACGAUAAUCUGCAGCCUUUGCUCACAGUAAACGAAGCCAUGAUGGUGGCUGUCAAUUUAAAACUACCCAGUGAUCUCAGUUUGAGCGAAAAAGCGAAAAAGGUGAUGGAGAUUUUAGAAUCAGUCGACUUAGGAUCAGACCGGGAGACGAAAACAUUCGAGUUAUCCGGCGGCCAAAAGAAACGACUUUCGAUCGCUCUAGAGCUGGUAACUAAUCCUCAAGUGAUGUUCUUCGACGAACCGACCAGCGGAUUGGAUAUAGUGGCCUCAAAACAAUGCAUAACACUACUUAAGGAAUUGGCGUCUUUAAAUCGGACUGUUAUUUGUACGAUUCAUCAGCCCAGUGCAUCUAUAUUGGAUUUGUUUCAUCACGUUUAUGUGGUAGCUAAUGGUUCCUGCAUGUACCAAGGAUCAGUUAACGCACUCUUGCCUUACUUGAGCGAAGUCCACUUAACUUGCCCAACAUUCCACAAUCCGUCCGACUUUUUAUUGGAGGUAAUUAGUGGCGACCACGGCGACUACAGCCAGAUUCUAAUUCAAAAAUCCAAGAACGGCUUGAGCCAGCGAUGGCGGAGCGAAAUUCCCUACUCGGCCAAAAAUGGGCUGCGUGAAAUAUACCAAACACCCGUAGUAACACAACCUCCUGUACAACUUACUUGUAUAAAAGACACCCCGAACACUUAUUCGACCAGCUUUGGCCAUCAGCUACUUGUGCUGUUGAAAAGGACUUUUUUGGUCAUAUCGAGAGACAAAACGCUGACCUAUAAUAGGCUGUUGACGCAUUUCUGCAUCGCAAUUUUCAUAGGUAUUCUCUACUAUGGAAUAGGAUCAGAAGCAGGGGACAUGUACGACAAUUUCAAAUUCAUGUUUUUCAGUGCAAUGUUUCUCAUGCUCACUUCGUUUAACUGUGUUACAACUACAUUUCCUUCUGAGCUUCCAAUAAUAACCCGAGAGUAUUUCAACAAAUGGUAUUCGCUCAAAUCGUACUAUUUGGCACUCACGUUUGCAGACAUUCCAGUGCAGAUUUGCGCCACCCUUCUUUACGGAUCCGUCACAUAUUUUCUGACCAAGCAACCGGUUGAAUCGUUCAGAAUAGUCUCCUUCCUAUUCAUGUGUGUGCUGAUUUCAUUAGUUGCUCAAAGUUUCGGAUUAUUUAUUGGAGCAUGCAUGGACGUGAAGAAUGGCGUGAUUUUUGGACCGUUCUGUAUGUUGCCGUUCACCAUAUUUUCCGGCUUUUUUGUGCAGUUGAAUGCCUGCCAUCCAUCGAUGCGUUGGCUCUUCCACAUUUCCUUCCUGAAGUAUGGGUUUGAAGGCAUGGUGCUCUCAGUGUUUGGGUACGAUCGACCCAAACUUCCUUGCAACUCCGAAUAUUGCCACUAUUCCCGUCCGGAAAAGUUCCUCAGCAACAUGGACAUGGCAAAGUCGACUUACUCGUUAGCUGUGAUAUUCUUAGGCGGCUUGAUAGUCGCCAUCAGGAUUAGUGCCUACUUUGUUCUUAGGGUUCAAGUGAGAAGGAGUAGGGGCAAAAGACGAUAGCUUUUUAUUCUGCUUUGUGCCCCAUGAAGGAUUAUUUAUUGACGUUAAUAAUACACUUAAAUUUAUUGCCAAUUUUGUAUUUCCCAUUUUUUAUUGUUGAGUAGACACUAGAUUUUAUAUACAGUAGUUUGACAAAUACCAAAAACAGGUACAAAUAUUUUGUACAAUAGUUAGGAUGCAUUAAUGAGAUUUGAAGAUUGAGAUUUGAACUCAAGAAAGUUAAUUAUGAAGUCAGCAACUUUUUGUUUGCGCAGUGCAGGGAACCAGGGGAAAUGGAAUGAACAUUUUAAUUGCCGUCUAUUCAUGUUCGACAAAAUAGUGAUUUUUUAAUUUUGCCAGGUGUUAAUAGUGAUUGCAGUAGUACAAGCCAGUGUUACAUAAAGUAAAUCAAUCUAGUCUUAGUUUGCUAAAUACGUUGUAUAUACAUUUUUUAUUAUUGAAUAUUAGUUUGCAAUAUAUUCGUUAGUGAGCAAUAAA